AUGCAUGCAGCCAUCUUCAACGUCAAUGGAAACGCCAUUCCUCCGCUGAGGGACUUUGAAAAAAUUGCGUACCUCGGUAAGCCGGUGGGGUUUUCGCUGCUCAACGGCGAUUCAGAAGUGCACAACACGAUAUACCUAGUGCAAAAGCUGCUGUCCUCGAUGCUGGCUCCAUGGCAGCGACUGGAUGCCAUACGAACAUUUUUGUACCCAGCAUUAAAUUUUGCCAUGAGAACAGGCAUCAUCGCCAAGACGCAGUGGGAAAAACUCGACGCGCUGCUACGACCACUCAUUAAGCGCACUCUAUACCUCCCUAAAAAUGCAUCAAAUGAAUACAUUUAUGGCAGCGCAAAGAAAGGAGCGUGUGGAGUCCCCAUCGCUGCUGAGCUCAGCGAUAUCUGCCAUGUUGACAAUGCAUAUAAGUUACUAACUUCGAGGGAUGAGGGAUUGUCCCGACUGUCGAUGGAAGAUCUCAUUGACAUUGUGGGGGAUCACUUACGGCGCCCAGUGAAUACAGCCGACGCCGAGGCAUACCUGAAUGGGGACACCGAGGGAGACUUAAGAGCAGUAUCCACCCAGCUACGGAGUGUCUGGACGGAGGCGAGAAAAGCGUCCAGACGGCUGAACAUCACCUGGACCUUGGUGGAGAGCGACCCAUGCAUAGGCCGGCGGAGUACUACUAUUACGCCUCGAACGCGUACAAAACUACUAGCUAGCAUACGGGCCCAGCUCAACUCUGAGAGGGAUUGCCGCCUGCAGUCCCUACCAAGCCAGGGAAAGGUGAUGACCUGCAUUGCAGCAGACCGGGCGAGUAGCCACUUCAUCAGGACUGGUGCUUACACGCGCUUUGCGCACUGGCGGUUUGUACAUCGGGCGAGGUUGAAUUUACUCACGGUGAAUGGAGCCAGGCAGUGGGCCCCAGCCAACGAUAACAGAUGCAGGCGCGGCAACCAUCCUGCAUAG